AUGACUCUCAUGACGAAAACACCGCCCUACUAUGGCACUGCUGACUGAGCACCACCUGCCUAGCAGAGGCGACCACGACCUGCGUCGUAUCCUCGCACGUAUUCCUCAAUCCGCCCAAGUGUUAUUAUUCAUCAGCUCAUCUUCACCUCAAUUGCCGGACAUGCACGGAGACGCUGACUAAUCGUUUAGUAAGCUUUCCUGCGGCUUUGUCCUCUCCGAGAACGGGUUUAAGCAACAAGCCAUAUAUAUAAGGUCAAAGAGAGAGAACGAGCGAAGUUGCCCAAUAACCAACGAUUAAAGACAGGCCUCCGGUAUGGCGAGCAACACCGAGACACUCCUCAAGACCUUCCUCGACUCGGGAGCCCCUCAGGACAGCACUGACUACACCACCGUGAUUAUCAUUCACGGCUGGGGUUUUCACGCAGCAAACCUCAAGAAGCUGUUACCCCUCGCGCACAAGUAUAACGCGCGCGUCGUCCUGCCCAAUAGACGCGACUACCCUGGUUCCGCUCCCUUCACACCCGAAGAACUCGAGAAUCUCUCAAAGCUAGCCAACGCGAAUCCUGGUUCGUCUGAUGCAGUCGAAGGGACGGAACAGGAGAUGAAGGCACGCGCGCGAGAGGUCUACGACUACCUCGUUGACCUGGUAAAGACUGAGCACAUUCCGCCAGCUCAAGGGCACCAAGGCGGUAUCGUCCUCGUGGGAUGGUCCUUAGGAGCGACAUGGAUAUCCGCAUUACUCGCACAUGUCGCGACGUUUCCAGUCGAAGACACUCGCCUGAGCGAGUAUGUUAGACGGCUGGUGUACUACGAUGCGUCGUACCUUGGUCUCGGCUUUCCAUUUACCGAGGGUCUCUACCACCCCCUUCACGAUCCUUCGCUCCCAAUGGAGGAGUAUUUCGAGAAGUUCUGCACAUGGAGCUCAAGUUACUUCGCUCACGGUGACCUCGGCGCGGGACUGCAUGCCCUCGAAGAUCGUAACGCUCUAGAGAGCCCACCGCCAACUGUGAAGACUAUGUCGGCGGAAGAACUAGCCGAAUCAACGUCAGCAGCCGGCGAACCUGGAGGUAGCGAGAGCCUGCUCGCGCAGGCGUGUGGGAUCCACGGCGUGUUCGCCUCGCUCAGGAAACAGGCGUUCUUCCUGCGCGAUAUACCUGACGGGGCGGAUGACUGGCGUUCGGUGGAUCUCCGGCUGAUCUGGUGCGACCGUUCGUUUUGGGAGAUGCCGCUGUUAGCCUGGACCUUCCCGAAGGAGCUUGAAAAAGCAGCGAAGGCAGGUCAAAAGGUUAGGACCGUCAACUUCGUGCGCUUCCGCGGUGCAAACCAUUUUGCACAUUGGGACCUGCCCGAGAAGACAUUGGCCGGAAUCCUCAGUGACGAAACGGAGAUUUAGGUGGGAGGGGUUUCAAGGACCCUCGUGUCUGUCUCAGGUCUUACUAAGCGUGCAAACUCGGCAACACAUUCAGCUCCACAUUGUGAUGUAUAGCCUGAAAUAUGUACAAUGGGCAUGGAGAGUAGCAGUGGCUUCGCCAAUCAAAUGGAAAUGGACAUGGCCUAGAAGCCGAUCAAUUGAAAGAAAUCUCUACGUCACUCAAGAAGUUGUCUACCAGGCUGGUAGUCCCGUGUCACCGAA